AUGGCCCCCGGCGCGGCCCUGGCGCCGCUGCCGCUCUGGUGGUGCCUCAGCUGGGCGCUGCGGCCGGGCAUGCCAAAUGUCUGCCCAGAGUUGGAGCUGGUGCUGGUGGGGCACCAGCAGCCCUGUGUUCAGGCCUUCACCCGCACUGUCAAGAUGUGGAAACAAGGCUGCACGGGGCGGAGAUGGUGUGUGGGCUAUGAGAGGAGGUCUGGGUACUACACAGUUUACAAGCAGAUAUACAGAAUGGAGCAUCAGACUGUCUACAAAUGCUGCCCUGGAUGGGCCCGAGAAGGUGCUGAACCUGGCUGCUUACACUCCCUGUGCACUGUUGGCACUUGCUUCAAUGGAGGGAAGUGCUCGGAAGCAGGAUCGCAGAUGUGUCGGUGUCCGGCAGGAUUCCAGGGUCCCCGCUGCCAGUAUGAUGUGAACGAGUGUAGCACUGAGAGGGGUGGCUGCCACCACCAGUGCUCUAACACCAUCGGCAGCUACUACUGCAAGUGCCCCGCUGGCCAGAAACUGGAGGAAGAUGGAAGAUCAUGUGGAGAUGUUGACGAGUGCGCGGCAGUGAACGGAGGCUGCCAGCAAGGCUGUGUGAACACCCCGGGCUCCUUCCACUGCGAGUGCAGCGACGGGUACAGGCUCCACGCUGACGGGCGCACUUGCAUUAUGAUAGACCCCUGCGCAAGCGGGAACGGCGGAUGCUCCCAGAUCUGUCAGAAUGAGGGAGGUGCUGCAAAGUGCGAGUGCCAUCCAGGGCAUUACCUGUCUGCAGACAGAAAGUCCUGCUUAGACGUGGAUGAGUGCGCGGACGGGGCAGCCGGCUGCGCCCACGGCUGCGUGAACGCGCCGGGAUCCUUCGCGUGCGCCUGCAAGCCCGGCUUCGAGCUCGGCGCCGACGGCCGGCAGUGCUACCGCAUCGAAAUGGAGCUCGUCGCUAGCUGCCAGGACCACAACGGCGGGUGCUCGCAGCGCUGCGAGAGCACGAGCGCCGGGCCCCGCUGCUCCUGCCGCCUCGGCUUCCUGCUCGCGCCCGACGGCAAGACGUGCACGGAUGCUGCUAGGCUUAGACUAUACUCUGCAGUCAGAGAUGUGGAUGAAUGUGGUCUGCAUAAUGGUGACUGCGCCCAUUUCUGUGUGAAUUCUCUGGGAUCCUACGAAUGUGCAUGCAAGGAGGGCUACAGGCUUGCUGUUAAUGGGCAGUCUUGCAUCCCGCUCGGCAGUGCCGAGGUGGACGCGGACGUGGCCUUGGUGGCGGUUCCUGGCCUGCAGUUCAGGCACCCUCCGCAGCUCCUGCACUACGCGCUCGCGCUCAACGCCUUCCGUGAGGAUGAAGAGGAGCGAGGAGAGCUCACGCUGCUGCACAGGGCUGUUUGCCUUGAUAACACUUUUGGCAGUGACUGUAGCUUGAGCUGUGCAGAUUGUCUGAAUGGAGGGAAAUGCAACGAUGAGAAGAGUGGCUGCAUUUGCUCACCUGGAUGGAGUGGCAUUAUCUGUAAUGAAACUUGCUCCCCCGGGACGUACGGGACAGACUGUGCUGGGAUCUGCAAGUGCCAGAACGGAGGUUCCUGCGACCCUGUGACAGGGCAGUGUCGCUGCCCGCCCGGYAUCCGUGGGAAGCUCUGUGAGGAAGGCUGCCCCAAGGGCUUCUUYGGGAAGAGCUGCACCAGGCCGUGUCACUGCGCCAGCGGCGGCCACUGCCAUCGCCUCUACGGAGCCUGCCUGUGCRACCCCGGCCGCUACGGGCGCUUCUGCCACCUCACGUGUCCCAGGUGGGCCUUUGGAGCGGGCUGUUCGGAGGAAUGUCAGUGCGUGAAAGCGAACACGCUGGAAUGCGACACAAGGAACGGGGCCUGCACCUGUAAACCCGGUUAUCAAGGCAAAAAGUGUCAGAAAGAGUGCAUGCCUGGCUUUUACGGAGCUGGUUGCAGACUGCAAUGCAGUUGUCCUGCUGAUGUUCCCUGCGAUCAUGAGACGGGAAUCUGCAAGCACCAAUGCCCGCCUGGUUUUCAUGGAGAAAAAUGCCUUUUACCUUGUCAGCCUGGGAGGUUUGGUGUCAACUGCAAGCAGAGCUGCAGCUGUGGAGAAGCAUCGUGCGAUUCAAAGACUGGGCAGUGUAUUUGCCCAGCUGGGAAAACCGGUGCUGCCUGUGACCAAGAUUGCCCUGAUGGUUGGUGGGGAUUGGGCUGCCAGUCUCCCUGUGAGCCCUGUGCCAAUGGAGGGCAGUGCAACAAAGAAACCGGAGCCUGCGACUGUUCCCCGGGUUACACUGGAGAAUCCUGCUCAUCCCCCUGCCCUCCUGGUUACUACGGACAAAACUGCCUGCUGUUGUGCAGCUGUAGCAGCAGUGCUCAGUGUCACCAUGUCACCGGAGAAUGCACAUGUCCCCCUGGCUGGGCUGGCCACGACUGCAAACACCCUUGUGAUAGUGGCCACUGGGGACAAGGCUGUGAAAAUCCAUGUGUCUGCAAUAACAGCGAUGGGAGCUGCGAUCCGGUCACUGGAUCCUGUUCCUGUGAGCCGGGAUACACUGGGAAACACUGUGAAUCGCGCUGUCCCGAGGGAACCUUUGGCCCGGGCUGCGCGCGGGGCUGUCGGUGCCAGAACGGGGCUGCCUGCGACCACGUGAGCGGGGCCUGCGCCUGCGCCGCCGGCUGGACCGGGACCCUCUGCGCAAAAGCGUGUCCAGAUGGAUUUUUUGGACUUGACUGCCACCAGGUGUGCAACUGCCAGAAUGCGGCGGGCUGUGACCACGUCCUGGGAACCUGCCACUGCCUCCCUGGCUGGCAGGGAGAGAAGUGCGACCAGCCCUGCCCGGGUGACAGUUACGGGAAGGGCUGCAGUCGCGCUUGUAAUUGUCACCACGGCGCGCUCUGCGAUCACGUAGCUGGGACGUGCAUUUGUGCCGCGGGAUGGAGAGGAGCCACCUGCCAAGAAGCCUGCCCGCCGGGCUGGUUCGGUGCCAGCUGCCUGCAGCCCUGCCUCUGCCCCAGCCCGGCGACGUGUGACCGAGUGAGCGGCCGCUGUGGGUGUCCCGAGGGCUGGACGGGCACGGCCUGCGAGCUGGAGUGUGAGGAUGGGAAAUCCGGAGAGGGCUGUGGGCAGAACUGUAGCUGCCACCAUGGRGACUGCGACCGGCUUUCGGGGAAAUGCAUCUGCCACUUGGGCUGGACUGGCCACCGCUGUGAUGUUGUCUGCCCCCCUGGCUUCUUUGGGAAGCGGUGCGAGGAGCGGUGUGACUGUGUGCACAGCUCGUCCUGCGACCAUCAGACUGGCGCGUGUCACUGCGAAAAGGGAUGGCGAGGGAUGCGGUGUGACAAACCUUGCUUGAAAGGCUACUACGGCCUGAGCUGUGCCCAGAGGUGCGCUUGUCCUGCGGGUGUCCCCUGUCAUCAUCUGACGGGAGAGUGUGGCUGUCCACGAGGAUUUACUGGUGACAGCUGCGAAAAGACUUGUCCACCGGGCACGUACGGGAAGAACUGCAACCAAGUGUGUCGGUGCUCUGCGGAGAAGGAGCAGUGUCACCCGGUGACGGGCAGAUGCUCCUGCAGGUCGGGGUACUUCGGAGCCCGCUGCAGGCACAGGUGUCCAAAAGGUACUUACGGUUCCUCCUGCCAAAAAUCCUGUACGUGCAUGAAYGGAGGCCACUGCGACCCUGCGACGGGCACCUGCGACUGCGCGCCCGGCUUCAUUGGAGCCGACUGCAGCAAAGCUUGCCCUGGAAAUCGGUACGGGAAGGACUGCGCCCUGCUCUGCUCCUGCGGCGGAGGUCGGUGUGACCCGCGGACUGGCAACUGCUCCUGUCCUCCUGGCCAGACCGGAGCAGCCUGUCAGCAAGUGUGUCCCCAGGGACAAUAUGGCCCCAACUGCCAGCUGACGUGCACGUGUCAGAACGGCGCCGUCUGCAACCAGGUGGAUGGGAGCUGUGCGUGUGGCCUGGGCUGGACUGGGAGCUCCUGCGAGAAAGAAUGUCUCCCGGGAAAAUACGGACCUGACUGCCRCCUGGACUGCCCGUGUGGGAACAACGGCACCUGCGACAGGUUCACGGGCUGCUGCCRGUGCCCCGAGGGUUAUUUUGGCCACGCGUGCGAACACAAGUGCCCCCUUGGAUUUUAUGGGCUGAACUGUCUUCAAGCAUGUGCCUGUAAGAAUGGAGCUAGCUGCAAUGCAGUGACAGGACAGUGUAUUUGUCCUUCAGGUUAUCAAGGUGUCUACUGCGAAAAAGGCUGUGACGCUGGGUGGUUUGGCGAGCGGUGUCAGCAUCGCUGCGACUGCGGAGGAGUUCCCUGUGAUCCCCAAACUGGAAAGUGCCUUUGCCCGCCUGGGAAGACUGGGGACAAAUGCAGCAUUGCAUGCAGCGGGGACCGGUACGGCCCAGACUGCUCUCUGCCAUGCCAGUGUGCCCACGGGUCCCAGUGCAAUCCUUACAACGGGAACUGCGUCUGUCCAGCCACGUGGAUGGGACCAACCUGCAAAGAAGGUGGCCCUCCAAAACUUCCUUUUUAUGAAGAGCAAACCCAAGAAAGAGAGAAUGUUUUUCCAAGAGCUCUGCAACAGUAACAUUUGGAUUAAUAAAUGAACUGUUUUAUAUGCACAGACGGUAUUUGAAUUUGGAAAUGAAAAUGGCUAUUCAAUUCAGCUUGAAUGGUACUGAAGUAUUCACACGUCUUAUGGAAGAAUACAGAGGCCAUUUAGUAGCUGGAUCCUUUUAAAAAGUGGAAUCUGUUUUAUGUAUUUAUUCCUAGCCUUUUGCCCCUCAAUUAAUCUGAACUGGACAUUCUUUCUGAUUUAUAAU